CAAGCGCGAAAUAUUUUGCUAGGGCGAUCGCGAGCGCCGACGCUGAUCCACGCUCGAAGCAGCUCCAGUGAGGUAUGCCGCGGUGGGAAUUCCACUCCCAGCGCCAAUGCACAAGCUGGUGAUCCAGGCGCUGGAUUCCGGGCGCCGGGGCGUCGAGUCGCUGACGCGCAGCCUCUCCUGGCCUGGAAAUCUCGACGAGGAGGAGGAAGAAUCGCCGCACAAGAAGCGCUUUCUUGGAAUGUGGAUCAAGAACAGCAUCGUUAAGCGUAGUAGUAGCAGUUUAGAGAAUUCUCCUUCUUUUCCCGACGAUCGACCGCCCUGGGUGAAGCGACCGUCAGCAGCAUCCCUGGCACUGGCGGAUGAGGUUGCCGAGAAGUCCCUGGUUGGAUCUUCGGGAUUUAUGAGACCGCUGGAUCCAAUGUGGGUGCUGAGCUCUGGAUUUGGGCCGAGAUGGGGGAGGCACCACAAUGGCGUCGAUCUCGCGGCUCCAAUUGGAGAGCCAGUGCUCGCUGCCGACUCCGGAGAAGUAACUUAUGCUGGAUGGGAGCCUGGUGGCUAUGGCAACCUUGUAGAGAUUACGCACAGAGAUGGAUGGAAAACUUUGUACGCGCAUAAUAGCGAGAUAUUUACAUGGGAGGGACGGCAAGUGAGGAGAGGAGAAUGCAUCGCGUCUGUGGGAGAGACCGGGCGAGCAACUGGUCCUCACUUGCACUGGGAGAUCCGGGACAAGUUUGGCCAUCCCGUGGAUCCCUCCAAAUACGUUAGCUUGUGAGUCUCGUCCACGAUCUCUUCUCUUUCGUUUCUUCUUUUCUACUUCGAGCUACUUCACAUUAGUCCAAAGCCUUCGGCGUUAUUAAUUGCUGUUAACAAUCGCUCUUGGAGCUACAGGAAAGAAAAAAGACACAGAAUUUAUGAGAA